AUGGCUGCAGAAUUCGAACAGGCUGGCCGCAGCCAACUUGACCCCGAAGCACCCUCACACCCUAAAAACUACGUUGUGUCCUCCCUCUGCAGCCCUGCAAGCAGUGCCAACUGCAAGGCCCAUUCGAGCAUGACAUCACCAACAAUUUGGGAGCAACAGGAGGAUGGCAACAACAGUCUCUUGGCGGCUGCUGACCAGCAACCACUAAGGCUGGGUUUGACUGUGGUCACUAUCACCUGCACUGGUAUUCACAACGCAGCCUCAGCCUGUAGUUCUUGCUUAGUGGCUAGCUACCCUGCAAUAAAGCAUCUCUGGCGGACACAGACUACGGCUACCUUAAGGCCAAUCUGCUUGGCCUAA